CUCCAGCAGGGUGCGUUCGUGUUUACACCAUUUUGAGAGAUAAUGGCACAGACGGCGACCUCCACCCUUCCAGGCCCUUAUCUGCAGCCCCAAGCCCUGUCUGGACGCCACUUGGUGUCGCGGGGUCGGGCCAGCGCUAAAGCUUCCGAACCUCGAUGUGGACGACAAUGCGGCGUGGGUCUGCCUGGUUGGAGACCCUGCACUGCGCUUCCGCGCGGGGAACCCAGCCGGUGGGCGGGACGGCGCGUGCGCACAAGGGCGCCUCGGGAAGUUGGAAAUCAGCCCGCCUGGCCGCGGGCCUGGGCGGCCCCCGGGGCAUGGGCGCUGCGGCUGGCUUGGCUCGGCGGCUGCGGGUGGCCUUGCGGGAGGAGGAGUUGCGGGUCGUGGAGGAGCUGCUCCGCCGCGGUGCCGACCCCAACCUGGUAUUGGAGGAUGGCGCGGCGGCCAUGCACCUGGCGGCCAGAGCCCGGCACCCGCGGAGUCUGAGUUGCCUUGAGGCCCUGCUUCGCCGUGGCGGAGACCCCAACGCACGAUCGGCCGAGGCGCUGACGCCGCUGCACGUGGCUGCUGCCUGGGGCUGUCGCCGCGGCCUGGAGCUGCUGCUGAGCCAGGGAGCGGACCCCGCGCUGCGCGACCAGGAUGGACUCCGGCCGCUGGACUUGGCGGAGCAGCAGGGGCAUCAGAACUGUGUGUGUAUCCUGCGGGAGCUGGAGACCCAGACCAGGACCCCGACCCGGACCCGGGCAGUCACCCAGGACCCAGAGCCCCAGCCUGGUGGCCCAGGCCUUUGGGAAAAGGGGCUGGAUAUCAGCCCCCCUGGACCUCCCAAUGUGAUGCUGGACUCCACAGCACUGGACAGAGGUGACAGCAAGGACAUGAACCUGAAGGCUAGCCCUGGACCCCCCAGCCUUCUUGCCCACCCUAACAUUGCUGACACAGAUGGCAUCUCGGGGUCCCCCCUAGGGCGCUGGGACUGCAGCUCAGUUGCCUCCUUUGUCACCGCGGUUGAGGCCUCUGGAGCUGAGGAUCCAUGCCCCGACACAUACCCCUGGACUGGUGUCCAACCCUCCCAGAGGGUGCCAAGAUCUUCGGGUACCCCACAGCUGGAGCAUCAAGCCCUCAUGGAGAGCAGAGAGACAGAACUAAAUGCCCGCCUGCAAGCCCUGACUCUGACCUUGCCAGAUGCUUCCCCCUCCCCUAAGUCCUUCCCAGACAGGAGCCCAGCCAAUAGGCCCCCUUGGGAACCACCGUCUGGACCCUGUGAAUUCCACUUCCAGAAAGAUGACCAGUCCCUUGACAGUGAUGUGGCUGCCCUCUGGCUGACAGAGGAUGAGGCGAGCUCCAUGGGGAGCAGAGACCCCGUCCCCUCUUGCCAAUGCCCACUGGACCCCACCAUAUCUGACCUGGAGCUGCUGCAAGCACUCCGGGCGCUUGGUGAGAGCCCUGGCCCCAUCACGCCCUUCAGCCGGCCACACUACCUCCGACGGCUGGAAGAAGCCCAGGCUGCUCCAGGCCCAGAAUUUUCAGGGCACAGCCCAGAGCUGGCCGAGGCCCUGCGGACAGGCCGCAUCCCAGAUGCCCAGGCAGAUGAGGAUGUUCUUGCCCAGCAGUUUAAGCGGCCGGAUCCCUCCAGAAGGUGGCGGGAGGGAGUUGUGAAGUCCAGCUUCACUUAUCUACUCCUGGACCCCAGGGAGACUCAGGACCUGCCAACCCGGGCCUUCUCACUGACCCUGGCUGAAUGCCUUCGGAUUUUUGUACAUGCCAUCUUCUAUGUGGGCAAGGGAACACGGGCCCGGCCAGAUGUCCACCUCUGGGAGGCCCUCAGUCACCGUGGGCGGCCAGGAAAACAGGCCUGUCCCAAGGUGCGCCAGAUCUUGGACAUUUGGGCCAGUGGUCGCGGAGUUGUCUCCCUACAUUGCUUCCAGCAUGUGGUUGCCGUGGAGGCUUACACUCGAGAGGCAUGUCUUGUGGAUGCUCUAGGGAUCCAGACCUUGACCAACCAGAAGCAAGGACACUGCUAUGGAGUGGUGGCAGGCUGGCCACUGCACCGGCGCCGCCGCUUAGGGGUACAUCUGCUGCACCGUGCCCUCCUUGUCUUCCUGGCUGAGGGUGAGCGAGAGCUGCGGCCCCAGGACAUCCAGGCCCGUGGCUGAACCCUGGGGAGUUGGCCAUUCAGCUUAGGUAGAGAGCAGAGUGUUUGAAUGUUCCAGCUGCCCUGUGAGAGCAGCCCCGCAUCUCUAGCUCCAGAGGGCUAGUUGGGGAACAGCCAGGCAGGUCUCCCUUGUAGACUGAGGGAGGACUUUAUUACAGAUGGAACUGCUGGAGAGGUAGUGAGCUCCCUGUCAUGGGAGGAGACUAAGGGGAUGUGAGAGGAGAACAAGUAGACCAGAUGGGUCUUUGGAACAUUCUGGUGCUUUGAAACAUGCCAAUGCUUUGGCAGUUUGGUCCUGUCUGUGCAAAGAAUCCAUUUUUUAUCUCCCAGACACAGAAGACCCACAGUGUGGGCUGGGCCAGGGGCUUCCAAUCCGUUACACGAAGGGAAUCUGCCCAGCUCAAGUACGGGGUUAUGCUGCUUCCAGCUAUGGGACCUCGGAGCAGUAAUUUCUCUCUGAGCCUGGGGAAAGUGCGAGGUGCUACCUCAGGGGGUCAUUGUGGGGAUCAGAUUAAAUGAAGUCAUGGGAUAGUGUUUGCUUAGAGCCCUACUGAGCCAGAGGCAGCUCUGCAGCCCAGGUGGAAAGUCUCUGGGGGAAGGGGGGAGGGUUCUGGAAUGUUCUCGAGGGGCCGAUUGUGUGUGGUGAGGGGUGGGCAGGGCUGGGGAGAUCUUCCCGGUGCUAGUGUGAGACAGCAGCACUCCUAGGGAUCCCUGUGUGACUGGAGCCUCGUGGCGUUGCUUCUCUGAACCUGUUCCUUCCACUGUAAAAUGAGAUCAGUAACCCCGACUUUAUGCAAAGAGCUUCAGUAAAUGCCAAGCCACUAUUGGGAUAGUGUUGAUGGGAUCAUUUAAAUUUUCCAUAAGUUGUUUCUUCAAAACAGUCUAGAGGGUUUCUGGACUUGGUGAGAUCUGCUGCCUCAUUGGAUUCAACACCUGUCCGUCUUGCGGCUCAGCAAACCAGGGCUUGCAGGGGGCAGGCCAAGGUGCUACCGGCCUCCAUUCCUCCACUGCCUCCACUGCUAAGCCCCUGAGUACUCUGUGGAUAAUUAGGGUCCCUGCCCAUGGAGGGUGCCUGGGUGCUACCAUUUUAACUGAGCUGAAGAAACUACUCUCCGAGCUUCUGUUUGCUCAUUUGUAAGACACGGAAUUCUCCCAGACACCAAGUAGUUGCUUGAUAAAGCGAUAACAAUCGAAACUGCGUGCCAUCUCCCAAGAAUACGCAAAUAGAAAGAAUCCAGACGCCCCCCACCCCAAAAGGCCCAGAAGAGAUGGUAUUUGUCUAACAGGGUUUCCCCACCUCUGCCUUACUGACUUUGAGGUCAGGUUACUCCUUGCGGUGGGGGCUGUCCUGUGUAUUGUAGGGUGUCAGGCAGCAUUCCUGGGCCCCACCUACCAGACGCCAGGAGCACUUCCCUCACCACCCCCACCCCCGCCACUCCCAGUUGUGGCAAUCAAAAAUGUCUCCUGAAUUUGCCAAAGUACGACAGUGUCCUUGUAUGAACCCCUGCUUUAAAUUAAAGGUGGGGUCACAAACCAGCGGGGAAAGGACCAAAGGUGCAGCAGCUGAGGAGACCAAUCUCUCCUCCCACCGUCCACACAAACCACAGAUAAAUCUAGAUAUAUAUACAUUAGAAUACAAUAGAGAGGGGUGGAGGGUAUAGCUCAGUGAUAGAAUGUGUGCUUAGCAUGCACAGGGUCCUGGGUUCAAUCCCCAGUACCUCCAUUAAAAAUGAGCAAAUAAAAUAAUUA